AUGAUCAGUACAUUUAAUCCAUUUGAAGCAAAUUAUGAUUCAAUUAAUGAUAAAGAUGAUUUUAAUAUUGGAAAUUCAAAUAAAAAUUAUACAAUUAAUCCAUUGGAAACCGAAGCUGAACGAAAUCUUCGUACACGUACUGUUACACCAAUCGUAACUGGUUCAUCAGUAGCAGCAUUUGUAUUCAAUGGUGGUGUUAUUUUAGCUGCUGAUGUACUUGGUUCAUAUGGUUCUUUAGCUAAAUACCGUAAUCUACCACGUAUUCAUCAAGUUAAUGAUCGUACUAUUUUGGCACUUGGUGGAGAUUUAUCUGAUGCUGAUUAUAUUAAAGAAGCUAUUGAUGCUAAAGUUGAGGAAGAUCUUGUUCAAGAAGAUGGAAGUGAAAUGACACCAUUGGCUCUUUAUGCUUGGUGUACUCGACUUAUGUAUCAUCGACGAACAAAACUAAAUCCAUUGUUAACAAGUGUUGUAGUAGCUGGAAUAGAAAAUAAUGAACCAUUUCUUGGACGUAUUAAUGAUAAAGGUUCAGCUUUUAAAGAAUUUUUAAUCAUGACUGGUAUUGCAAAUCAUUUGGCUCAAGGUUGGAUUCGAACAAUUCUUGAAAAUUCGAAUCAACUUAAUAAAGAUCAAGCUGAACAUUUAAUGGAUCGUAUUAUAAAACAACUUUUUUACCGUGAUUGUCGAGCAUUUGCUCGCUAUCGUGUUUGUAUUGUAACAAAAGAUGGUGUUGAAUUUAAAGCUAAAGAAGUCCAACCUGAUUGGAGUUUAGCACCAUUACUACGCAAUACAGAAUAA